CCCGCGUCAAGCACCCCACGAUGACACUCCGCCCUUUUCCCCGCCGCGCCUUUGCAUGAUCACAACCUCCCCAUCAUGACGUCCAGCAACAAAUUACAUCUGCGCCUACUCAGCAAACUUUCUUUUCCAUCAUGUCGACCAUAGAGCUGCCAUUGACGCGCGAGUCCAUUGUCGCGGCGCACAAGCUCAUCAAACCCCACAUCCACACCACGCCGGUGCUCACCAACACCACGCUCAGCAACCUCGCAUCCAUACCACAGUCACCUGAGGCACUGAAAGGGACGCCAUGGGAGGGCCAAGAGCCUGCGAGGCCGAAGAUUAGGCUGUUCUUCAAGGCAGAGAACUUCCAGAAGAUCGGCGCAUUCAAGGUCCGUGGUGCUUUCCACGCAGUCCUGCGGCUGGUCGAGGAGAAGGGAAUCGAGCAGGUGCGGAGGAAGGGCGUUGUCACACAUAGCUCUGGCAACCACGCGCAAGCCCUCGCCCUCGCCGCCCGCACACUUUCCAUCCCCGCUUACAUCGUCAUGCCCUCGAUAUCCACGCCCAGCAAAAUCGCCGGCACCCGCGCCCAAGGCGCCAUCAUGCACUUCAGCGGCUCGACAGCCGCCGAGCGCGAGGCCGUCGUCGCAGAUGUAAUCAAAGACACAGGCGCGACGCUCAUCCCGCCAUACGACCAUCCACACAUCAUGCUCGGGCAGGGCACCAUGGCACUCGAGUUCUCGGCCGAGGUGGAGGAUCUGCUGGCCGAGAAGCCGGAGCUGAGCGUGCACUACAAGUCAUCUGUGGAGGGUACGAAAGGGCCAUCUGGAGGGAGUUUGGAUGCGCUCAUCGCGCCCUGCGGGGGCGGCGGCAUGCUCUCUGGCAACGCGAUUUACUUCCACUCCAGCGCAACCCGUGUGUUCGGCGCCGAGCCGGAGUUCGAAGGCGCGGAUGAUGCGCGCCGAGGCGUCGACGCAGGCGAGCGCAUCACGUCUGUCAAGACGCUUACCAUCGCGGAUGGUCUGCGGACGCCGCUUGGCCCACAUACAUGGAAAACCAUUAGCGAUAAGGAGUAUGUGGCUGGCCUGUACGCUGUUACGGAGCAGCAGAUCAAGGAUGCACUGAGGCUUGUGCUGGAGCGUAUGAAGUGCUUUGUUGAGCCGAGUGCGGUCGUUGGACUGGCGACUGUGCUAUAUAAUGAGGAAUUUAGGAAGAUGGUCGAGAGGGAAGCUGGUGAGGAGGGUUGGGAUAUUGGGUUGAUCUUCAGUGGUGGAAACACCACGAUUGAGGCUAUCGUUAAGAUGUUCGGCGAUGUCAGCGAGAGCAAGGCACAGAGGGAGAACGGCGUUGUUAGCUUCGAUGGUAGGAAGGUUGCUGAGAAUGUUGCUGGGUGAUAGACUGUAGAUGCUCAGUAAUGGAAAGAACGUGUGUCGAGAGA